ACCCUUACCAUUACAAGUAACGGAGAGGAAGUGGACGUGUUUUUCAUCGUUCUGCUCCAACGUUCUGCUCCAAUGGCUGCUUCGCCUUCUCAACUUCCACGCUCCGUGCCUCCAAAUGCUGAAGAAGAAGAGGUGAAUCUAUACUUGAAGAUCACCAAGACAGUGGCCCUGAGAGCUAGGAGAGAUUCGACCGUGAAGCAUAUUAAAGCAUCGAUUCAGGACAAGGAACAAAUCGAUGAACAUAGUCAGCGGCUUUUUUUUGGAGGCGAUCAUCUCGAAGAUGGAAAAAGACUAGUUGAUUAUGGCAUCCAUGGUGACUCCACGCUCCAUCUCAUCUUUCGGGACUCGACUAGGAUUACAGUAAAUGUCGAGAUCUCAUUGACCCAGAAAAAUUUGCUGGUCGAAGCAAGGCGUCUGGAUACUGUUCGAAAUGUUAAACUGAUGAUUCAAGCCAAGGAAGGGAUACGGCCGGAUGAGUUCACUCUGGUAUUUGGUGGAAAGGUGCUUGCGGAGGACAGGACCCUCGCCUCGCUCGACUUGCUGCCAGAACCCACAUUUCAUUUGGUUUACCUUCCCAAAGAUGAUGUGUCAAUUAUUGUCGACACGUCCAGUCGCAAAGUCACAUUAGGCGCUAAAUCUUGGUACACUGUGCGUGAUGUCAAAGCCAUAGUUGGAGCGAUGAUGUCGGCACAGGUGAUGAGUUCGCAUAUGGUCUAUCAGGGGAGGAAGCUUGAGGAUCACGCGACCUUAGCUUGUUACAAUGUUGCGGAUGGCUCUGUCUUAGAAUUGGUGUCUCCUCUGUUUUAUUUCUUCGAUUAGCCUCAUAGUAAAUGAAAUGCCGUGAGUUUGUAAGUACUGAAUGAUCAGCGUCAUAGUUCUGACUUGGCUGCUGAAUUAGAAUGGACUUUUAAUGGAAAGCGGGAAAUUAGUGUCUGACAUUUAUGCAACUGAUGCUAAUUUUCUUGGUAUGUCAUUAGUACAUCAUGUGCAAUGAAGGUCUAGUGUAUAUCUCUGCUUCCCUACAUCGAAUAUCUACACAUUGUAGAAUCACAGCAGUACAUUAUAUUUCCGUUUAUUCUGUUUGAUCAA